GCGGAGCGCGGGGCCGGCCGCCCGCCUGGUGUGAGCGCUGCGGGCCGCGGACCGGGCCGGGGGCGGGCAGGGGCGGCAGUGGCUGGACGAGGCGAGCGGGCGUCGGGAGCGCAGGGCUCCAUCGCCAGUGCGGGCGCUGGGUGCAGCGGGGAGAACCGGCGAGACUGCGCGUGGCGUUGCCCAGGUGGGUGCCUGGGCCGCCGCGACCGCCCCUCCUCGAGGGACUUGGCCGAGGAGCCCAGCGUGCGAGAGGAGCCGGCCGGGGGGUGUGUGUGCGUAUGUGCCCGCGAGGGGUGUGUGUGUGCUGUGCGUCUACACAGAGUGUGUGCAUGUGUGUAGGGGUGUGUGUGUGUGUGUGUCUGUCUGCAUGGCAAGAAAGACCGAGGAGGUGGCAGCUCAUAGAGCUCGUGGGGUCGGGACCCAUGGGGGAGGGAGGGCGCUCAGCAGGGCGGACUAUGUGUGCAGGGGUGUGUGAAGGGUGAGUGUGCGGCGGGCGCUAGGUGUGGCUGCGUGCGUGUGUGAUGAAAGGGUACCGGGUGCACGUGUGCCCCGGCCCAGCCUCCCAUCCCCACCAGAUGUGCCCAUGAAGGGCAAGUCCUGGGGAGCAGUGGGAGGCUGCUGCAGCCACCCCAAGUCUGAUCAGCCUGCCCUUCCUCCCCAGGGAGCCAGAAAUCACCAAGCUGCCCCUCCCCCCAAUACUUCUAGGGUCCUGGGGAAAGAGGGGGAGGGAGCUUCUGCUGGUGGAGGGGCCCAGUUUCUCUGGGCAGGGCCUGGGAGGCCUCUCUGGCUUUGCCAUAUCACUCAGGCCUGUUAGAGCGGGAGACUCCGGCAGGAGGGUUGUUUGCUGGCUUGCAGCUGUGUUUCCUUAGGGUGCUUGUUGGCACACAGUAGGGAGGAGGGAAGGCUGGGCAGAAGAGGGGGUGGGGAGUGGGGAGGAAGGUGCCUGAGUCUGGGAGCCCAAGUCCAUCCUCUCUGCUCCCCAUGAAAGGUGGGGGACCCUGGUUGCGGGCAGAGCCUAGCCUCCUGGUGAGCAGGUGGGGCCAGGAUUGGGCAGGAGCCUGAAAGUACAGGAAGGAGCUGUCAGGAAGAGCCCUCUGUCUCUCCCCUGGGGCACAGCACUUUGCAUCCUGCUCUCAGCACCUGCUUCUCUGCCAACAGAAGCGCUGUCUGGGGUGUCUGAUCCUGGGACCCCCAAGAGGGUGAGUGGCAACAGCCUGAGCUCACAGGGCCUCUCCUUCCUCCAGGACCUGGGUGCCCAAGAGGUGCUGAAGAACCAAGCCCCCUGCCCACCCAGGCCACCCUAGGCCAGGUGGGGCCAUGGCAAGGCGUGGCUGUCUGGGGCUGGGGCUGUUCUACUGGGUCCUGCUUGCUGUCCCUGUGGGCCCCCAGCCUGCCUCCUCUGUCCCCGUGGCCCCUCUCACCACUCUGACCCCGCCACCGCAGAGUGAGGCCUCUGUGCUGUCUCUCAACCUGGGACUUAACUUCAAAUUCCAUCUUCGGGGCCCUGCUGCUGUCUGGGGGAGCCCUGUCACAGAGACCCAGCCUCUCUCUCCUGGGCCAGGCCGGGAGCCAGGGGAAGAGGUAGCCAGUGGGCUGAGGACCGAUCCUCGUUGGGACCUGCUCGUGGGCUCCCCAGGGAACUCCCCUCCAGAGUGGGGCUCUGCCGAAGGCAGUGCUACACCCUGGGCCUCGUCCCUACCUCCGGAGUCCACGUCCCGCGUCUCUGGGCCCACCGACCGGCCCACCACUCCCUAUCAGCCCAGGACGGGUACUGUGACCUGGGACACUGCUCUGACGGCUGCAGCGCCUCCAUCCAGUGCCCCCAGGCCCCAGCAGAGCGAGCUGGAGCUGAAGUUUGAUGUGGCGCUGAGAGCAGGUGCAGCCCCCACGCUGGGGCACCGGACGCUGCCCCUGCUGCCCAGCCUGCGGGCCAGCCUGGCGGAGAUUGCUGGGCGCCUGGGACCCUUUGGGUUCUUUGGCACCACUCUGUCUCCGCUCCGGAAUUUCUCAGGCUCCAGCCCCCCAGGUGCCACAACAGCCCCCAGCUCUGCCUCCAGCUCUCCAGGGUUCUUUGGCGCCACUCUGUCCCCGCCCCCAUCCCCUUUGCAGAGAGAGCUCUCAAGCCCAAGCCUGCUGGACCCAGCUGUUUCCCUAAGCUCUGCCUCGGUAGGAGCAACAUCACCAGACCCCAGCACCCCCACCUCUGGCCCAGAGGACCCCUCUCCCGGCAGCCCGGGGAGCCCUUCGCUGCAGCCAGAGUGUGCACCAGAGCCUUGCAGCCUGGGGGAUCUGCCUGACCGCGACGGGCAGCCUCCUGCCGCCACGCUGCCCCUCUUCUUCCUGACCCUGGAGGCCAACUGGGCCGAGGCCAGGGCUCGCUGGGGGCUGGCCUGGGAGGCCCACGUGUACGGGGUAGGUGCGCUCUUCGGCCUGGUGGUCCUGUUGGCAUUGCUGGCCCUGGCCCUCCUGCCCUGGCGCUGCCCACCUGGCGCCCCCUGCCUGGCGCUGCUGGACCUGCUGCUACUCUUGGCCGGGACCACGCGGGCCUUCCCUCUCUUCUACGACGCCUACGGGCACCGGGAGCGGCUGCCCGCGCUCGCCUGGUUACUGCUGCAGGACCUGCCGCUGCCCUGCCUGGCCGCCGGCCUGGGGCUGGCCUGCCUGCUGCUGGCCCGGCCGCGCCCGCCGCGGUGCCCGGCCGGCCUGGCCGCCUUGCUGCUCCUUGGGCUGGGCCUGGCAGCCGCCGCAGCCCUGGGGAGCGCUGCGCACCGCCCUCUUCGGCCCCUGCGCCUCGCCUCUCGCGGGCUGCACGCCUUCCUCGCCGCGUUGCUGUCGGGGCUCCUCCUAGCGCUCUCCUGCUGGCGGGGCCGGCGGCGGCGCCGGGCUGGGGCGCCCCUGGGAGGCUCUGGCUUCAAGGGCGCCACCCCUCUCCCACAGGCGCGCAGCCCUUUCGCCCCGCGGGAGUCCUGGCGGCGCGCGGCACGCACCGCCCCAGUGGCUGGCACCUUCGGACUGCUGAGCGGGGCCCUGCAGGGCUAUGAGGUGCUGCACGCCCUGGGCUAUGGCGGCCAGUCUGGCCUGGAGGGGCCCUGGUCCUGGUGGGCCUUCCAGCUAGGCCUGCGCCUGGGCGAGGUGGGCGUUGCGCUCCCGCUGGCGCUGCUGGGCCUCUACCCGGCGCUCUGCAACCCCAGAGUGCCGCCACGCUGCUGGGCCAAGCUCUUCCGCCUGUCCCCUGGCCACGCGGCGCCCCUGCUGCCCGGAGGUUGGAUCCCUGGGCCCCCAGAUAAGGAGCCCCUGGGCAGUGCCAUUGCGCGUGGCGAGGCGGAACUGCUGCAGCUGUGCGCGCUGGCAGGACCGGGCCCAGAUCUCCUGAUCCAGGGCGCAGGCUGCCGGGGCUUCGAGGGCGCAGCAGUCAACCCGGGCCCAUCCCCGGCCUCCUCCCCCUGCAGCGAUGCCACCGUGGACUUCCGCCCGCCCUCCCCAAUCAACCUGCGGCGCAGCAUCGAGGAGGCCCUUUGCAGCGAGGCCCUGCUCGCUCCCGGCCUCCUCCAGGGCCCUGCCUUCGGGGACGCCCUGCCUGGGCUCGGCCUCUACCGCACCGCCUCGCUGGGAGCGAAGAUCCGGACUGGGCCCAGUGGGAGGUUGGAGGAGGACCCCGGCUCGCCGGUACCCCCGGAGCUCCCCUCCCCAGGGGCUUGGCCCCCGGGCAGCAGCGCCUCCUCUGGCUCCCUGUGCGGACUCUCGCGGGACAGCUCGUCCAUGCUGCUGUGCUCCUGCCCCGACAGGCCCCCGAGGUGCCCACUGGUCUGCGCCCUCGGCCCUCCGCGGGCCUCAGGAAGCAGCCCCAGCCUCCCCGCCUCAGGAUCCUACCAGGCCCUGUCCCCGCCCUCCUGCAACUCCCCAGAGCCUGCGGCCGAGCUGCAGGCUGAGGAGGCCUUGCUGCGGGAGCAGUUCCUGGACGCCUGCCGACAGAUCGACGAGCUGAGCAUGGGCAGUGACACCAUAGACCUGUGAAGGGCAGCCGCCUCCCUGGCUGCCCCACCCAGCAUCCCUCUUGGGCUCCUGCUCGGCCUGAGACCUGCACACUGUAACUCUCUCCCAGUCCUGCCUGGCUCAGAUGCCUCUCUCCCGUCACCUUCCCUAUGGGGGCCCCAUGGGCGGGCAGGUCAGCAGCCAGGCUCUGUUGAUUGGGAACCAGUGCCACCCUCUCUGGAGCCCUGGGUGCGGACGCCUUCAGCUGCGAUUCCAGGCUGGCAGGUGUCCUGCUGUCCUUGGCAUUCACCAGCAAUAAAGCCCCAAGGUGCUCCACUCCCGACCACCUCUCCCUGUUUCGGUGCUGAGUCAGAGGGGCUGUCCCCAGAAGCCCUGGGGACCCACCUCAGGGCCCAUACCCACCUGUGCCAUGCCAAGGAAUCCCACACCUGUGUGAGUGAGACUCCCUGUCCUCCCAGGGACCUUCCCCAGGAAAGGGUCUAUGCCCCAUGGCCCACCUAGCAGCCUUGACAGCAGUUGGGUAGGGGUGGUGGUGGUGAACGCAUUCAGAGUUAAUUUAUCAAUAAAAUAUUUUCA